CCGAGUGUCCCAUACAUUAACGGCAUUGCGAGAGCAGUUUAUGAAGUAUAAGAGAAUGAGAUGACGAGUAGUGCUAGUGAGAUGCGUGACUUGAAUGACAGGUUGCGUGAUGUCGCGUUAGAUGUUCGCGAGCGGGGAUGCAGAUGGGCUCAUUGAGUUUAUAUCCGCAAAGUGCCCUGCGUCUUAUAACAGACUGGGAACAGAGCACGACUAGUAGACCCUCCGCCCACGAUGCAGACGCAGAAUUAUGCCUGCGACACUCUGCCUGCCGCUAAGCUGGCAGGAGCUCCCGACGCUGACCAGCCUGAGCAGCAGGCCGACACCAAUUUGAAUAGAUCCGUCUCUCCCCCGCUGCCAUUUAUGGAUCCGACCGGGACAGAACAUCUUGACAAACCCACCGAGGACGCUAUCAAACAAGCCCAAGGCCAGGCUUUCCUCCCACCCACAAUGCCUGCCGCCUCCCAGAGGAAGCUCUGCGUUCGCCAUCUCCGCAUGGCGGACGAGGGCACAAAUCUCAAGCUUCAGCAGGCUCUAGAUGCCCUACCUAUCGAGGAUCGCCAGACUGUCAGCACAAUAUGGUCCAGCUUUUCUUCGUCAGCACAUCCCAGGCGAGAACUUAUCCUCCAAGGCAUCCUCACCAUGUGCUGCUUCUCCCAACUCUCCCUCCUCACCGAGCAGCUCGGUCACCUUAUCCGUCUCGACCCCUUCGUAGUCCUGCCCCGCGAGGUCGCACUUAAGGUUCUGGCACAUUUAGAUGCCACCUCACUAUGUCGCGCAGCUCAGGUUAGCAGGCUUUGGCGUAGUCUUGCCGACGACGAUAUCCUCUGGCGCGGAAUAUGUGAACAACAUAUAGGACAGAGGUGCCGCAAGUGUGGCUGGGGCUUGCCUAUCCUCGAGCACCGUCGCACUGCUCGAACCUCAUCUUACUGCUCCACACCCCCUGGCUCAUCCGUCACGUCUCCACGAUCGAAACGUGCUGCAGAGGAUUUUACAGAUCAUCCUCAUCCCACAAAGCGCUUACGAUCCGAACUUCAGGAUUUCUCCUUGGCUUCUACCUCUCAUACCACCGAUCAUGACACCCACUCCCGUGCUUCUCCUUCUCGCGAGCUUCUGCUUACACCACCACUUGAUGCACCUCGGGUCCCGGUUACUCGCCCGUGGAAAGAUGUGUACUCCGAGCGCUUGACCGUCGAACGAAAUUGGCGACGAGGUCGGUGCACUGUGCGGACUCUCAAGGGACACGCCGAUGGUGUCAUGUGUUUGCAAUUUAGCGAAUCCAUGCAUCAUCCCUCUUUUCCGGUCUUGAUCACCGGCUCGUAUGAUCGAACGAUACGCGUGUGGAACCUGGAGACCGGGAAAGAAGUCCGCUGUCUUCGCGGCCACACUCGUGCCGUCCGGGCUCUGCAGUUUGACGAGGCAAAGCUUAUCACGGGAAGCAUGGACCAUACCAUUCGCGUCUGGAACUGGCGGCGAGGCGAGUGCAUACGAACGCUGGAGGGGCACACCGAAGGUGUCGUGUGCCUCAACUUUGAUAACAACUUGCUCGCUAGCGGCAGUGUAGACACGACUAUCAAGAUCUGGAACUUCCGGACAGGAGAGGCAUUCACCUUGCGAGGACACCGCGACUGGGUGAACUCCGUGCGGUUGUGGGACGUCAGCAAUUCGGGGCUUGAAGAUUCACUAUCCCUAACCGGUGGUGGUUUCACCUGUCCACCCGAGAUUGGCUCGGGAAGGAUGCUGUUCUCCGCAUCCGAUGAUGGGACCAUCAAACUUUGGAAUCUGUGCAGUCGAAGCUGCGUUAGGCAAUUCACUGGCCACGUAGGUCAGGUGCAAAGCCUUCGGCUGUUAGCAGUCGACGAGGGGUGCGAUACAGACGAGGGUGGGUCGGACAAUGUUCGAGUAGAAGGUGUUGUCAAUACAGAGUUCCUCAAUACGCCGGGUAGCUCUUCCGAGUUGUUCAGCGUCGUUACGCACGACACUCCGCCGAUGAACAGGACACUCAGUGAGAACAUGGAGGAGGCCAGAAGUCUCGACAGGUCCACAAGGCGAGCGAUGGGCGAAGAAUCUUCCAAGCGGAAGAAGCCCGUGCUCAUUUCUGGGAGCCUCGACAACACCAUCAACAUAUGGGACAUCGAAACUGGAAAGGUUACUUCGACGCUAUUCGGGCAUAUUGAAGGCGUUUGGGCUGUCGCCUGCGACAAGUUGCGGAUCGUGAGCGCUAGUCAUGAUCGCACAAUAAAGCUUUGGAACCGUGAAGAAGGCCGUUGUACUGCUACGUUAUUUGGCCACCGGGGUGCAGUAACCUGCCUUGGGUUGGGUGAAGACAAGAUUGUUUCCGGAAGUGACGACGGUGACGUUAGAGUAUGGAGUUUCAGUGGAUAGCUAUCAUGUCGCUUAUGCUUUGCUUUCGCUGUUUUUAUUUGUAACUUAAUUGACCCAAGUAUACUGUACAAGGAAUUGGCUACUUAUGAAUCCAUGUAAUGAUGCGAGUUUGUCCAAAAUACGUUAUAGUCCGAAAGCGAAUGUGUGUGCACCAUACAUUGCCC